GGGGCGGGCCAAGAGGAAGGGCGUUAGGAAACGCCAUCCGCCCAACAUCGCAGCAGCAGUGAAGUGGUUCCCUGCAACAUCGGGAUCUAAGUGUUAGCCUGUCUUCGUAUUGUCAAAAUGUCUCUUUCUAAGAAGUUAACUUUGGACAAACUGGACGUGAAAGGGAAACGAGUCAUCAUGAGAGUAGACUUCAAUGUUCCCAUGACGAGGAACCAAGUUACAAACAACCAAAGAAUCAAGGCUUCCCUCCCAAGCAUCAGAUACUGCCUGGAUAACGGAGCCAGGUCAGUAGUUCUCAUGAGUCAUUUAGGUAGACCUGAUGGUGUUGCGAUGCCUGAUAAAUACUCCUUAGAGCCGGUGGCUGCUGAACUCAAAUCCUUGCUGGGGAAAGACGUUCUGUUCCUAACAGACUGUGUGGGCUCAGAAGCAGAGCAAGCUUGUGCCAACCCACCUGCGGGUUCAGUCAUCCUACUGGAGAACCUUCACUUUCAUGUGGAAGAGGAAGGGAAGGGCCAAGAUCCUUCUGGGAAUAAGCUGAAAGCUGAGCCAGAUAAAGUAGAAGCCUUCCGCGCAUCCCUCUCCAAGCUGGGGGAUGUGUAUGUCAAUGAUGCUUUUGGCACAGCUCACCGGGCUCAUAGUUCCAUGGUGGGAGUGAAUCUGCCGCAGAAGGCAUCUGGAUUCCUGAUGAAAAAGGAGCUGGAUUACUUUGCCAAAGCCUUGGAAAACCCAGAGAGACCCUUUCUGGCUAUCCUUGGUGGAGCUAAAGUGGCAGACAAGAUCCAACUCAUCAAAAAUAUGCUGGACAAAGUCAAUGAGAUGAUUAUUGGUGGCGGAAUGGCUUUUACCUUCCUUAAGGUACUCAACAACAUGGAGAUUGGUGCCUCCCUGUUCGACAAAGAGGGAGCCAAGAUUGUCAAAGAGAUCAUGGCCAAAGCUGAAAAGAAUAGGGUGAACAUUACAUUUCCUGUUGACUUUGUCAUUGCUGACAAGUUUGAGGAAAAUGCUAAGGUUGGCCAGGCCACGGUAGCGUCGGGUAUACCUGCCGGCUGGGUGGCUUUGGACUGUGGUCCUGAGACCAACAAGAAGUAUGCACAAGUUGUGGCCCGAGCCAAGCUAAUUGUGUGGAAUGGACCUUUAGGGGUCUUUGAAUGGGAUGCCUUUGCUAGUGGAACAAAAGCCCUCAUGGAUGAAAUUGUGAAAGCCACUUCCAAGGGCUGUAUCACCAUUAUAGGAGGUGGAGACACGGCCACUUGCUGUGCCAAAUGGAACACUGAAGAUAAAGUCAGUCAUGUGAGCACUGGAGGAGGUGCCAGUCUAGAGCUUCUGGAAGGUAAAGUCCUUCCUGGAGUGGAGGCUCUCAGCAAUCUAUAGUUGAUAGUGUUCCUUCCUGCUGUUUUCUGUGCACAGCCUUUAAGUCAACUUAGUGCUUUUACAUCUCAACUUGACUUUUGUUAAAAUCUGCCCCUCCAUCAAGACUCAGGCAAAGACCAAGGAAUGGGACAUCAGGAACUCUUAACAUCAGCUUAACAGUACAACUCAUUUUUGUUCUGUGAUGCGUUUGCCUACUGUCUUAAAGAUCUCAUUUGAACUUCACUGUUGUAAUUCAUAGCAAGUGAGCUGCCUAUUAAAGUGAGUUGAAUAAGCUGAA